AAUCAUUUAGAAUAUGGCGAGCAUACUAGGCCCACGCUUUUUGCCAUUUCUUUUCUAUGUUCUGGCAUUUUCUAUGUGGUUAUUUCUCUCGUUUGCAGAAGAUGCUUUGACCGUGUUUCAUCAAAAACCUCUCAUCUUUUCACCAAUAAGGGCAGUUUUGAAAGAUACUGUAGGCAUUAACACUACCCCGGCUGUAAAUAUUUCGCCUCCAAACUUCUAUGUCAGAGACAGAGUUUCAAAGCGAUUAAAGAAAUGGCAAAUCAUCCAAAUCUACAAGACGGACGUGAAACCGGAAGACUUUGAUUUCCAAGUCAAUGAAACUUUGUUGCUUCGGGAUGGUAAAACAGAAUCGAUUCCUGCGCAACAGACAUGCGCAGUAGUUGGAAACUCUGGAAUUCUUUCCAAUAGUUCCUGUGGGAAGAUGAUUGAUAGUCAUGAUUUUGUCUUUAGGAUGAACCUGUCUCCAUUUGGUUUUAAAUAUGGCAAGGACGUGGGAUACAAAGCUAAUAUCACGACGUUAAAUUAUUCACAACUGAAGUCUGCGGCUAAGUGUGCAAAGAAACAUUUUCCUAACAUAUCUGUUGGAUGUCAGGAUAUGUUGACAAAUUUGAAAUUGUAUAACAAUUCUGUGGUAUGGUACCCGAAAGGAGGUUCUCGUCAAGGAAACAUGAAUGUUUUAUCACGAGGAAUGAUCGAUAACUUCACUUUUAACGCCAGAUGGGCUUAUAGUCCCGCCAGCUUGUUUGGUGUUGUGCCCAGGAUUUGGAGAAAGCGAACUCCGUCUACGGGUCUUCUCAUUAUGUCAGCAGCAUCAUUAUUUUGUGAAAGGAUUACGAUGUUUGGAUUUUAUCCCUUCUCCGUCGAUGCACACAACAGAACGUUAACGUACCACUACUACGACUCGUUUCCGAUGAAUUACUCCACAAAUGCCCACAAAAUGCCAGUAGAAUUCAAAAUCUAUCGACAGUUAGAGAAUCAAAGUGCCGUUGAGCUGCAGCUGGGGGAGUGCAAUUCGUAAUCAGGAGAGCAUACGUCUUUCAUGGAACAUAUAAUAUAGUCAACGGUUUUCACUGGCUAAUUUUCCCCGAACCAAUCCAAUUUGGUUAUUUCCGCAGCUUAUAACAACCGUCAGUAUAACUUGCUGACAAUUGUUUGCAUGAAAUGCUACACGGAAACAAA